AUGCGACGGCGGAAGGCUUGGGGGUGUUGUACAAUAAUGGCUGCCAAGUUCCACAAUCGUACUGGGUCUUUGGUAAAAUUAUGCAAUGGCAACCGGACUGCUAAAAGAAAUAAUCCGACCCAGGAAUUUAGCAAUGCUGUCGUUCUCAGUAGCGAACCACUGCGCGACAGUCAACUCUUUGAAGUCCGAAUCGACAAAAAGGUCUUCUCUUGGAGUGGUUCAAUUGAAAUUGGUGUUACAACUUGUGAUCCUGCUACUUUGAAUUUCCCAGUCAGUGCAUCAUCCUUUCGUGAAGGAACAUGGGUAAUGUCUGGCAACACCAUUAUGAAAGAUGGCCAUUCAAUAAAUGAAGAGUAUGAUUGUGAUUUAGACAGACUUUCAGAAGGUGAUCGUGUUGGAGUGAUGAGAACUGCCCAAGGAGCAUUACACUUCUUUAUUAAUGAUGUUGAUCAUGGUCCAGCAGCUACAGGAAUUCCAAAUAAAGUCUAUGCAGUUGUUGAUAUGUAUGGAAAAUGUGCUCAAGUUACUAUUGUGGAUGACAGUAUUAGACAAAACACCUUCAAUAGCAAUAUUGUAAGUGAAUUAGCCAAUGAAUUUUUGGCUGAGCUGUCAAAUCAAGUUGCUAACAACAUGAGCCAAGGUGCAACUGGUGCUGUAUCUGUAUCAGACUCUAGUUACAAUGCUAUAUUCAAUGAUAAUGCUGCUGGAGCAUCCAACACUGUUGCCUCUGCACCUGUAAAUCUUUGUGCAGGUGUAGGAAGUGGUAUGGCUGGAGGAGGAGGAGACACACAUUUGUCACGCUCAAAUGAAAGACUAGUUUUUCAUGAAAAAUGUGGUGGACUAGUUAAGUUGACAAAUGGUAGACGGACUGCAGAAAGGACACGACCACUUGAUGAAUUUAAUAAUGGUGUUGUUAUGACUAACAGACCCUUAAAAGAUGAUGAAAUUUUCGAGAUUCGUCUUGAUGAACUUGUUGAUAAAUGGUCAGGGUCUAUAGAAGUUGGUGUGACAACUCACAACCCUACACUCUUGGAUUUCCCUCCAACAAUGACGAACAUGAGAUCAGGUAAGAGUACCAUAAUGAUGAGUGGCUGUGGUAUCCUCACCAAUGGGAAAGGCACUAGAAGGGAGUAUGGAGAAUUCAAUCUGGAUGAUCUCGCUGUUGGGGACCGCAUAGGACUGGUCCGAAAAUCAAAUGGAUCCCUUCAUUACUUUAUCAAUGGUAUGGAUCAGGGAAUAGCUGCUACAGAUGUUACCCCAACUGUAUGGGGUGUUGUAGAUCUUUAUGGCAUGGCUGUUAAGGUCACUAUUGUGGAUGGAGGCCCAGUUAAAACACCAGUUUGUAAUAAUGAUUGUAUGCCUAUGCAAGCAACUAACAGUGAGGCUAUCUCUACUCCAGACACAUCUGCCGCAGCCGCUGCUGCUGUAGCUGGUGCUGCUGGCGGUGACCAAAGAAGAAACAAUGCAUUCCAAUUUUACUCAGACAUGCAGGAAGAUGUUGCAGAAGUUAAUGGAGAAAAAUUGUUAUUCCAUCCGUACUGUGGGUUUCAUGCUGCAGUGAUUAAUGGGCAUAGGACAGCAUUUCGACCCAAUGCUCAUGAAGAUUUCAACUAUGGUGUAGUGCUGACCAAUCGCCCGCUCAAGCCUAAUGAGUUAUUUGAGGUGCGUAUUGACAAAAUGAUCGAUAAGUGGGCUGGUUCUAUAGAAAUAGGUGUAACAACACAUUCGCCCACGAGUCUGGAGUUCCCUUCUACCAUGACCAAUGUCCGUUCUGGCACCUGGAUGAUGACUACUAAUGGGGUCAUGCACAAUGGGACUACAGUCAUGGAUGAGUAUGGACAAAGCCUAGACAGACUCAAAAUUAAUGAUCGUGUUGGUGUGAUGCGGAAAAGUGAUAGUUCACUACAUUUUUUUGUCAACCAUGUUGAUCAAGGAAUGGCAGCCACAAAUGUCCCUGAGAAUGUCUAUGGAGUUAUUGAUCUUUACGGUCAAGCAGCAGAAGCCACUAUUGUAGAUCAGUCAGAAACUUUAAGUUCACCGGAGAUGGAUUCUAGUAUUACUACAGAUGGUGAUGAUUUACGCUUUCACCAUCUCCAUGGUACUAAUGCUACUGUAAUGAACAAUGGUAAAACUGCUGCCAGACCAAAUGCCACUGGAGAAUUUAAUGAUGCUAUUGUGAUGAGUAAUCGACCAUUGAAAGAUAAUGAACUGUUUGAAGUUGUUAUUGAAAAAAUGGUUGACAGGUGGUCUGGUUCUAUAGAAGCUGGUGUGUCCCUGAUAAAGCCUGAAGAACUUGAGUUUCCUGCCACUAUGACUGAUAUUGAAUAUGAUACCUGGAUGCUGAGUGGUUCUGCAAUUAUGCAAGAUGGAUCAACAAUAAGGAAUGGCUAUCCUCUAGAUCUUGAUUGUGUAUCAGUUGGGUGCCGAAUUGGCAUGAUGCGCACAUCAGAAGGAAAUCUUCAUUAUUAUUUAAAUGGAGUAGACCAAGGCGUAGUGUGUAGAGAUUUACCUUCAGGUUUAUAUGCUGUGAUUGAUUUGUAUGGUCAGUGUGCCCAAGUGACCAUUACUUCUGGAUCUAGUUCUAUUCCUACAGACAAUAAUGUAACAAGUGCUGAAAUGGACCAGUCUUUAGCUUUACCUGUCAAUACAGAAGUUUGUCACCGCUUUAGUCAGUGCUGUGGCAAGAAUGUGGUGAUAAAACAAAAUGGUAGUAUUGCUUCCCGAACAAGAAACUUUAAAAAUGCUUUGGUCUUCAGUUCUGAUCCUCUCAGAUAUGAUGAAUUGUUUGAGGUGAAAAUUGAACAGUUAUCACCUUUAUGGUCAGGUUCUUUGCAAUUAGGAUUGACCACAUUGUCUGUAACUGAUUCUACUGUUCAUACUUUACUACCUGAGUCUAUUGAGGAUCUCACGUCUAAGGCCACCUGGGUAGUGAGUGGGUCUGAUGUUAAAAAGAAUGGUACAGUAAUCAGAGAAAACUAUGUACCUUCACUUGAUAGAUUACAAGUUGGAAACCACAUUGGUGUAAAACGUUGCAGUGAUGCAACAAUGCAUAUCUGUAUCAAUGGUGAAGACAUGGGAGUUGCCGCCUCAAACAUUCCUAAAAAACUUUUAGUGAACCAAUUCAAAUAUCUUUCUUUCUUCUUCUUUUCUUUCUUCUUCUUUUCUUUCUUCUUCUUUUCUUUCUUCUUCUUUUCUUUCUUCUUCUUUUCUUUCUUCUUCUUUUCUUUCUUCUUCUUUUCUUUCUUUCUUCUUUUCUUUCUUUCUUCUUCUUUUCUUUCUUUCUUCUUCUUUUUUUCUUUUCUUCUUUUUCUUCUUCUUCUUUUCUUUCUUUUUCUUCUUCUUUUCUUUUUCUUUUCUUUUCUUUCUUUCUUUUCUUCUUUUCUUUCUUCUUCUUCUUUUCUUUCUUCUUCUUCUUUUCUUUCUUCUUCUUCUUUUCUUUCUUCUUCUUCUUUUCUUUCUUCUUCUUCUUUUCUUUCUUCUUCUUCUUUUCUUUCUUCUUCUUCUUUUCUUUCUUCUUCUUCUUUUCUUUCUUCUUCUUUUCUUUCUUCUUCUUCUUUUCUUUUUCUUCUUCUUCUUUUUUUCUUCUUCUUCUUUUCUUUCUUCUUCUUCUUCUUUUCUUUCUUCUUCUUCUUCUUUUCUUUCUUCUUCUUUUCUUUCUUCUUCUUUUCUUUCUUCUUCUUUUCUUUCUUCUUCUUUUCUUUCUUCUUCUUCUUCUUCUUUCUUCUUCUUUUCUUCUUCUUUUCUUUCUUUCUUCUUCUUCUUUUCUUUUCUUCUUCUUCUUUUUCUUUUCUUCUUCUUCUUCUUCUUUUCUUUCUUCUUCUUCUUCUUCUUCUUUCUUCUUCUUCUUCUUUCUUCUUCUUCUUCUUCUUUUCUUUCUUCUUCUUCUUCUUCUUUUCUUUCUUUCUUCUUCUUCUUCUUUUCUUUCUUUCUUCUUCUUCUUCUUCUUCUUUUCUUUCUUUCUUCUUCUUCUUCUUCUUUUCUUUCUUUCUUCUUCUUCUUUUCUUUCUUUCUUCUUCUUCUUCUUCUUUUCUUUCUUUCUUUUUCUUCUUCUUCUUCUUCUUUUCUUUCUUUCUUCUUCUUCUUCUUCUUCUUUUCUUUCUUUCUUCUUCUUCUUCUUCUUCUUUUCUUUCUUUCUUUUCUUUCCUUUUUUUCUCUCUCUUUAUCUAUUCACACCAAGCAGGCUGUGUCCCCACUCCUGCUUCACUGCCCUCAGACGUAAUAGCAUGUCACUGUGAAAUAGAUGGAGACCUUGACCAAGAUACUUCUGAGGAAUUUGAUGUAGAUUUUCACCCAAAUCACGGGAAAAAUGUCAUGUUAAGCACUCAGAGCCACAUUGCUCGCCGGACAACAAGCUACAAUCAUGCUGUGACUGUUACACGGAAACCAUUAACACGUAAUCAUAUAUUUCAGGUUAAUAUUGAUAAAAUAAAUCCAAAAUGGACUUCAUCCCUGAUGAUUGGUGUUUUGGGUUUUAAUCCAGACCGAUUUCAUUUCCCAGUGACAGCAAUUGAUAUCAGAAAAUCUUCUAUUGUCAUUCAUACUGAUUCAGUAUUUAUCUGUGGAACAAAAGUAAGAAUUUUUUUUUUUUUUUUUUCCCUUUUCCUGUUUCUUUUUUUUUUUUUUCCCUGUUCCUCUUUCUUUCUUUUUUUUUUCCCCCCCCAGUUCCUCUUUUUUUUUUCCCCCCAGUUCCUCUUUUUUUUUUUCCCCCCCCAGUUUUUUUUUUUUUCCCCCCCAGUUCCUUUUUUUUUUUUUUCCCCAGUUUUCUUUUUUUUUCCCCAGUUUUUUUUUUUUUUUUUCCCCAGUGUUCUUUUUUUUUCCCCCUGUUCCUUUUUUUUUUCCCUGUUCUCUUUUUUUUCCCUGUCUUUUUUUUUUUUCCCUGUUCCUCUUUUUUUUCCCUGUUCCUCUUUUUUUUCCCUGUUCCUCUUUUUUUUCCCUGUUCCUCUUUUUUUUCCCUGUUCCUCUUUUUUUUCCCUGUUCCUCUUUUUUUUCCCUGUUCCUCUUUUUUAUUUCUACCCCUUUUCCUCUUUUUUCUCUCCCCUUUUCCUCUUUUUUCUCUCCCCUUUUCCUCUUUUUUCUCUCCCCUUUUUUCUCUUUUCUCUCCCCUUUUUUUCUCUCCCCUUUUUUCUCUUCCCUUUUUUCUCUCCCCUUUUCCUCUUUUUUCUCUCCCUUUUCUUUAUCCCCCUUUUCCUCUUUUCUCCUGCUUUUUUUUUCUCCUUUUCCGCUGCUUUUUUUUUUUUUUUUUUUUUUUUUUUUUUUUUACACUUUUUAUGUGUCAUAUAA